UCAAUGGAGUUUGGAAGCAUACUCCACUUCCUUCAGGACAAGACCAUUUUAGUCACUGGAGCCACUGGCUUUCUAGCCAAAAUUUUGUUGGAGAAGAUAUUGAGAGUUCAACCCAAUGUUAAGAAGCUUUACCUUCUUUUAAGAGCUGCAGAUGCCAAAUCUGCUACUCAUCGCUUGCACAAUGAGAUCAUAGGGAAGGAGUUGUUUAGAUUGCUAAAGGAAAAAAUGGGUGCAAAUUUUAAUUCCUUUGUCUCAAAAAAGUUGACUCUGGUACCUGGGGACAUUUCUCGUGAAGACUUGGGAUUGGAGGAUUCCAUUCUAAGGGAAGAAAUUUAUAAUCAAACAGAUGUUAUUGUUAAUUUAGCUGCAACAGUUAACUUUGAUGAAAGGUAUGAUAUCUCGUUGGGCUUAAAUACCUUUGGUGUUAAGUAUGUCAUCAACUUCGCCAAAAAAUGUACUAAACUCGAGGUUCUUGUGCAUGUAUCAACAGCUUAUGUAUGUGGUGAGGGAGAGGGGCUCAUAUUAGAGAAACCAUAUCACUUGGGCGAUUCACUAAAUGGUGUACCAGGAUUAGACAUCGAUGCAGAAGAGAAAAUGGUUCAUGCCAAAUUGAAUGAGCUACGACAGCUGGGAGCCUCAGAAAAUGAAAUUAAACAGGUUAUGAAAGACUUGGGCAUUAGCAGGGCCAAGUUGUAUGGAUGGCCAAACACAUAUGUAUUCACCAAGGCAAUGGGAGAGAUGCUUGUGGAGCAACUAAAAGAAAACUUAUCCGUUGUGAUCAUUCGUCCUACCAUUGUUACCAGUACAUUCAAAGAACCUUUCCCUGGUUGGGCAGAAGGUGUAAGAACCAUUGACAGUUUAGCUGUAGCUUAUGGGAAAGGAAAACUAACAUGCUUCCUUGGAGAUCUAAAGGCAGUAGUUGAUGCGAUACCAGCUGAUAUGGUAGUAAAUGCAAUACUAGUGGCCAUGGUGGCUCAUGCUAAGCAUCCUAGUGAUGCUAUAUAUCAUGUUGGUUCCUCUUUAAGACGACCACUCAAAUAUGCCAAAAUUCAAGAGUAUGGCUUAAGAUACUUCACUGCAAGACCAUGGAUAAACAAGGAUGGAAAACCGGUUAAAGUUGGCAAAGUAACAGUGUUGAGCAACAUGGAUAGCUUCAGAAGAUAUAUGUUCCUUCGCUACCUGAUUGUGUUGAAGGGACUUGAGCUGGCCAAUACUGCAUUUUGCCAGUUUUUCCAAGGAACAUAUCUUGAUCUCAAUAGGAAGAUACAGAUUAUGAUGCGCUUGGUGGACCUUUACAAGCCUUACUUGUUCUUCAAGGCUAUAUUUGAUGAUAUGAACACAGAGAAGUUGCGAAUGGCAGCAAGACAAAGUGGAGUGGAGACAGACUUGUUUUACUUUGACCCUAAAGUGAUUGAUUGGGAUGAUUACUUUUUGAACAUCCACCUCCCUGGUGUGGUGAAGUACAUUUUCAAGUGA